UCUAGCGAGGACUGUCUCUCUUCUCUAUCGGGUUGCCGAGACCCCCGAUUCUGAUCCAUCGGAAAAUUUCGCCGUUGCAUUCCACCGCGGCGGCGCUAGGGUUUCGCUUCCUUUCGAAUGAUCGCUGGAGAGUUCGCACUGUAUCGUUAUUGCUCUUUGUUUUUUUCUGAGAUAAAGCCGUCGAGAUUGCUAUUUGCGUUUUCCCGCCGGGAAACGAGGGCCGACAGGUUCUGCGAUCUUAACUUUGAUAUAUAGAUAGAAGAAGAACGGGCAUCUUGCGGCCAUAGAUGCCUUUUGCUCCGUGUAUUUUCCAUGAUUCUCUCUUAUCUUUUGAGGAAUCGCGCAACUGUUUUUAGAUUGGGGUUUUUGUUGUGGUAUGGUGAUGGAGGUGGUGAGGAGGAAGAGGAAAGGGAUCAUCUCUGCUUCUGUUUUCGGAUCUUACCUUUCGGAUGGAGUUGAUAGCUAUAGACAAUGCAAGAAAAAGUGUAGGGAGGGAUCGCGGCCGGAUAAGUUGGGACCUCGAGAGCGUGGUGCCAUUCCCGGCGUCGUGAUGACGGCGCCUCCAUCGGGAAGGUCGGGAUUGGAGUCACCUGCCCGCGGUCUUAAACGGAAACUUGGGUGCAUCGAAUCGGUUACUCAGAUCGGACGUAAGAAAAAGCUGGAGCAGGAGUACAUUUUGGGCAGGGAGAUCGGGCAAGGGAGGUUCGGAUCCGUGAGGUUGUGUAGAAGCAAGGCCAGUGGGGAGCAAUUUGCCUGCAAGACACUGCGCAAGAAUGGGGAGGAAACUGUUCAUAGAGAGGUGGAGAUUAUGCAGCAUAUUUCGGGCCAUCCUAAUGUGGUAACCCUAAAGGCUGUUUUUGAUGAUUCGGAAUGCGUGCAUUUGGUGAUGGAGCUUUGCUCUGGAGGACGGUUGCUGGACCAGAUGGUUAAAGAAGGGAGGUAUUCGGAACAGAGGGCUGCAAAUUUGCUUAGGGAUCUUGCCUUCGUCAUCAAAUACUGUCAUGACAUGGGAGUUGUGCAUAGGGACAUUAAGCCUGAAAAUAUUCUUCUAACAGUGUCGGGGAAAAUGAAGCUCGCUGAUUUUGGAUUGGCUGUGAGAGUUGCCAAUGGUCAGAGACUAUCUGGUAUUGCCGGAAGCCCCGCCUAUGUUGCUCCGGAAGUCCUUUCAGGCCACUAUUCCGAGAAAGUUGACAUCUGGGGCGCCGGUGUCCUUCUACAUGCCCUUCUAGUCGGCACACUUCCAUUCCCAGGAACCUCUCGCGAAGCCAUAUUCGAGGCUAUUAAAACCGUGGAGCUCAAUUUCCAUGGUGGAAUGUGGGACUCCGUAUCGCUUCUUGCUCGGGAUCUAUUAAGCCGAAUGCUCACUCGAGAUGUCUCGUCCAGAUUGGUUGCUGACGAAAUUCUGAGACAUCCCUGGAUUUUAUUCUACACGGAGGGUCCCUCCAACCUAAUGACCAUCAACCCAAUAACCCGUAAUCGGAGCGUAGCAGCAGCACCCAUAAUUGAUCCCGGGUGUUUGACUCACCGGUCCGAAGAAGAUCAAGACGAAUGCGGCGGCUUCGUCGAUGCUCUCGCAGCAGCAAUAUCAAGGGUGAGGAUAUCGGAGCCGAAAAGGAGCCGGCUCUGCGUGCCGGCCAGCCAAAUUCCACAGGAGUGCUCAUCUAACAUGAAGGCUAAUAAUCUGUGUACAGCCUUUUAACCCAUCAUUCACAUCGGAGUGAAUAAUUGACCCACCACAUGAGAUUGUAGGCUACUAGAAUCGCAGUGCAUUUUAUUUUCCUGACUUGAAUGUAACUGAAGUGCUUCUUAGCGAAUUAGAAAUGUAAAUUUGUGUAAAUAAGGGGUUGUGGACUGCUGCUUCUGAUUAUUAUUUUAACGUUGUGGCGGGUGCUAUUCAUAUUCCUGAUUCUAAUUCUCAUGCGUAGCAACUCCUUGUGCUGCGCUGCUGAACUAGAUGGCUGCCCCCCCCUAACCUUUUUUGUGUCAUGAACCCUAACUGGGCAUGGCUUG